CCUCCCACCUCUGUGGCAGUUCUUUGUUUGGGGAAGAGGGUACAUGAGAGGGAAAGCCACAAGUUCCCAGGCCUUGGAGCAUAGUGGUGGGGACCCAAGAGACACCUCAUCCUCGUGUGGGAGGUUGCAAGUCAAAGGAGAAGGCUUCUGUGGCAUGUGGGCUGUCCCUAGGAAUACUAAUCAGGUUCAAGAGCUUACCUUCCCGGUCCCAAAGAGAUGAUGUUUGCCUACUGUGAUUACUGGGAAUCUUCACAUAGGGGCCCUUCUUGCUGGGUUGUCCUGAAAUCCAAGCUUGCUUUGGGGGUUGGAGUCAGGGCCCUUAGCAGCACCUCCUGACCCCUGAGCCCCCUCAGGACUGGUGUCUCAUUACUUCCAUCCAGAAUAGAGUUCAGGAACUGAGAGCGGUUAAGAGAAAAUGGGGAAGUUGUGAGCUAGCACCCUGGUGGGCAGAAGCAGACUGGAGUUCUGGAGAACAUGAGAAGGAGGUACAGAACCGGAAGAGAGGCAAGAGACCCAGGGGCAGGCCUCGGAAACACACGGUGAUGUCGUCCUGCAGCCGGCGCUCCAAGCUCAAGGAAUCUGAUGCUCCCUCCAAAUCUAAAUCUAGCAGUUCCUCUUCUUCCUCCACGUCGUCGUCCUCCUCCUCAGAUGAAGAGGAUGACAGUGACUUGGAUGCCAAGAGGGGCCCCCGAGGCCGAGAGACCCACCCCGUGCCUCAGAAGAAGGCCCAGAUCCUGGUGGCUAAGCCUGAGCUGAAGGACCCCAUCCGCAAGAAGCGGGGGCGCAAGCCCCUGCCCCCAGAGCAGAAGGCAGCCCGCAGGCCCGUGAGUCUGGCCAAGGUGCUGAAGACUGCCCGCAAGGACCUGGCGGUCCCGACCAGCAAGCUACCCCCUCCGCUCAGUGCGCCUGUGGCAGGCCUGGCAGCCCUGAAGGCCCAUGCCAAGGAGACCUGCAGCGGCCCCAGCGCAAUGGCCACCCCGGAGAACCUGGCCAGCCUGAUGAAGGGCAUGGCAGGCAGCCCCAACCGCGGUGGCAUCAGCUGGCAAAGCUCCAUCGUGCACUACAUGAACCGCAUGAGCCAGGGCCAGGCCCAGGCCGCCAGCAGACUGGCACUCAAGGCCCAAACCACUGCCAAGUGUGGUCUCGGGCUAGACCUGAAGGUGAGGACGCAGAAAGGGGAGCUGGGGGUGAGCCCCCCUGCAAGCAAAGUCCCAAAGGCCCCCGGCACUGGGGCUGUGGAGCAGAAAGGGGGCAGCGCAGGAGGGGCCCCCCAUGCCCACAGUGGUGGCAAGGUCCCCAUUGGGUGCCUGGGCUCCCAACCAGCGCCCACCCAGGAGCUGAGCCUGCAAGUCUUGGACUUACAGAGUGUCAAGAAUGGUGUGCCCGGGGUGGGCCUGCUUGCCCGCCAUGCCGCGACCCCAGCCACAGGGAAGGGCCCUGGGGGUGGCCCCACUGGAACCAGUGGGGCCAGCAUGCCCAUAGAUGCAGGCAAAGGUGAGAAGCUGGCCUCCAGGGUGGCAGCUCUGCCCACCCCUCCUGGCAGGAGGGAGCAUGCCAAGGGCAGUGAUGCACCCAGCGGGCGGGAGGGCCAUGCGGCCCCAGGGGAAGCCUGCAAGGCAGCCGCCGUCUCAGAGAUGAGCACAGGUGAGGAGAACAGCACUUCAGACUCGGACCCUGACUCCUCGUCGCUGCCUGGGGCUGGGCAGAGCCUGUCCGUGUCUGUGCAGACCAGCCAGGACUGGAAACCCACCCGCAGCCUCAUCGAGCACGUUUUCGUCACUGACGUCACGGCCAACCUCAUCACGGUCACCGUGAAAGAGUCCCCUACCAGCGUGGGCUUCUUCAGCCUGAGACAUUACUGAGUCCUCUGCCACCCAGGUCUGCCUGCCUUCCUGCCUGGUUUGCUCUGUUAGGUGACCAACAGCCCAGCCCUCUUGAGGGGCCGGGGAUGAGCUGGGAGGGUCUCCUAGGUAGGCAGGCUCGGUAAGGCCUUCUCCCCACUCCGCCUUGUCCUGGGCCUUGGUAAAGAGCUGUCCCCUUGCCUUGCUGGGGCCUGGCUUCCCCACUACCCUACCUCUCCAGGCCCUGCUUCACCCCUUGUCUCCUCAGAACACCUGGGUGGCCUCAUGGCUCAAGCCUCUGCUGAACCUGAGCCUUCCACCCUGGCCUGGGUGACCAGUGGUGGGGUCAGAGGGGCUUCUCAUACAGCUGUUUCCCCCAAGGAGUGGGGAGAAAAAGUAGGGGUAGCUCUAGUACCCCCUCUUCCUGGCACCAUUUUCUAGAAGGUAGAGUGGGUGGGUAGACCCUCCUUCAGAGUGGUGGCUGGGCCUUUGAGGGUGCGGUAGGGAUAGCCCCACCCCCCCAAGCCUGGCUCCUGGGCCUUAAUGUAAAAGGACAGUUCCGGGGAUCGAGGCCCCUACCCAGCCCUGGUUCAGAGUGGCAGCUCUGAUGCACCUAAGGGGCCUCAGGGUUCAGGAGCAGGAGGAUCUGGUGUCACUGUUGCCUCCCUCCUGCCACCCGCACCCCUGUGGGAAGUGACCCUGAGUUCCCUAGGGUGUAUCCUAGUUCUGGGGCUAAAGCCCGGGACUUGGGGUGAAAUCCGGGUGGACAGUGGAGGGGCUUGGGUAUGAGGUAGGCCUGUGGCAUGUGUGCCUCUCUCCCCAAGCUGGAAUUUCGUCUUCGGCUGACAAGGGACCCGCCUAGCUCUUGGCCCCAAAGCUGCCCCCUCCAGCUGCCAGAGGACCAGAGAGUGGGCAUUUGCUGCAGGCCCAUGAUGACACCCCCCUGGUGGGUAGGCCAUUGGUUGGGGGCUGCUUUCCCUGACAAUCCCUCCCCACCUUUGGGAGUGCUGUGUCUGCUCCUUACCAGCUGAGAAGAAAUGUCUCCAUACCAUUUGAGUUCAGGCAGGCUGCCUGGCCAAGGGCUGAGAUCUUUCAGCCCUGGCUUUGGGACCCUGUUCACUCCCCUCCUGGGGAGACACUCAAGAUUCAACCACCUUGGGCCAGGGAUUUAGCUCAGUGGUUCCAGCGCCUGCCUCGCAAGCACAAGGUCCCGAGUUCAAUCCCGGGUACCAAAAAAACCCACCAAGAUUCACCACCUUCUCCCUGCCCUGCCCCGAGGUGGCCGCAUCUGUCCUGCGAGCUUGGGGCAGACGUGACCAGGAGGUGGCAGUGGCAGCCAGUCCAGUCAAUAAGUGCUAUGCCAAAAAGAAGUUGGGGGCAGGGGGCAUCUGGAACUGCUUCCAUUGGUCACCCCACAGCUGUGGGAUUCUUAACUCUGGCUGCCUUUUGGGGAAACACUGCCCUUUCUAAAACCAGCCCCAACUGAGGGGCUCUGGCUUCUGGGGGCCCACCAGGCUGCAGGGCUCCCCAUUAACUCAGCCCCAUGCCAAACAGGAAGAGAAGGCCUUUGUGUAGCCAAAUUGACCUCAACAGUGUGCCUUUGGGGACAGCCCAUGUCCGGGACUGUGCUGUGGGCCCAGAUGCAGCCUCCAGGUCUGGCUCACGGGCCACAUCACCUGCAGCAGGAGGCUAGUGCUCUGCUACACUUGGACCCCUGGCUGCCACCCUCCCUAAGGGGCCAGCAACCUGGAAGUUCUGCCGCUUCUCUCCUGCCAGGCACUGCUGCCUUAGAAGCUCUUCUAAACCCUUGCCAGAGACCCAAGGGCCCCAUGAGCUAUUAGUGAAGUGGAGUGUCUGGCUGACCAGCUUUGUCCCCAGCUGCCAGGUCUCUCCAAACCCCAAAUUGGUGCCUUGCCUUUUACCAGCUACUUCAAUCCCAAAGUUUAAAUCAGUGAACACCUUACUCCCAGCCACUUUGCCUUCUUGCUGUUUUGCGUGUUCCUGGUGCUGUGACCCCGGCAGUUGAGGUUGAGAAUGUGUGCUGGUGCAGCAGGCUUUCGGAAGAUGCUGAGUUAGCCAUCUUCUGUUUACCAAUAAAUAAAAGUAGUCCUGUUUGUAUUUUUAUUUGCUGCUAUUCGUGUGUGUGUGUGUAGCUAGGCAUCAGCCACACUUCUGACUCAAGAUUCAUUGUUCUUUUCUUCUUGAGGUUCCUGGGUGAACUAUACCACACUGUUUGUGUCCUGAGUGGAUGUUUUAACCUACAUCUUUUUAGUUGCUUCUGUAUUGCGUAGGAAGAAGUGGCCAGCCUGAUCUCUUCCUUAGAGCAUUUGGCUUAUUUUUGUAUGUAUUUUUGGUACCAAAAAGAGUGUUCCAUGCUUUGGUGACACUCCAAAUUCUGACCUGACUAGAGAGCACUCCGGGCCUGAGGUUUCAUCCAGAAAACUCGGGGGAGAACCACAGCUUUGAACCAAUGCUGGUCACUGGCUUGAUUUGUGGGGGGUUUUUUGUUUGUUUUUUUUGAAUUAAAAAGCCAAAUCAUUUGUUCGCAUAUGCCACUUCCAACUGCUUUGCACUGUGCCUGUUUGCUUUCUUAAGGGGCAGAGCAAGCUUGGGUGUUUUACUACCCUGGGAAAACCUCAGAUCUUUGGUGAAACAGGACAGCCAAGCCCCCGUUUUGAUGGAGCACAGCCGGGUCAAGGAAAUGCCUCCCCAGGAAGCCCUUGCUAGUUUGAGGGAAGGGGUUGGAGUAGGAGAAAGGUGGUACCUGGAUGGCCAGAUUUUUACCCAAGUGCAUCUCAUAAUUCUGAGGUUUUCUAGUAUUUUCAGAAAACUAAUGCUAGCAUAGGUUGCGGGAGUUUUUAUAGACUAUGUUAAUUUAUUUUGAAGGAGGAAGACUUGUCCGUUUUGUUAACUCUUAGUAUACCAAUAAAUAUUUUUGUAAACCUUCCA